AAUUAAACCUAAUCCGUUGUAAGCAUAUAUCUGGUUUGGCGUUGGAAGUUCGAACAUUUACAAACGAGCGGCCGCUAAGUCCAACCUCCAAAGUCCAAACGACUGUUUUUGGAGUACCUGCUUCCUACACUCCCUUCCGCUUUAUUUCCGGUCUCCAAUCCAUCUUCUUCCUUCGCAGAUGGAUGCAAAGAUCGAAACCGCGAAUAAGAAGGUACUUAUUGGAAUGGUGAACUUGACAAAAAGGCUAAAAAUGAAGGGUGCCAAAGGAGACUGGUGCGAAUUCUUGCGUUGUCAUAAUCAUAAUGAUAAAAAGCGUCGCUCUAGAUGGAAUCAUCCUAAACAUAUGCCAGUUGAUGUAUUGGCAACCUUUCUAAAGACAUUUACAGAAGAGGAAGAUCUAAAGAUUUUGGCCAGAACAUAUCGAUGUCUUUCUAACCGUAAAAUAAUGGAAGAUCUUCUUAGGAUCUCUCCAAAUCUUGAAUCCCUUCAGCAGAGGCUGGUUCGUUUCACUCUUCAACACCCACUGUAUCCAUUCAAUUACUUUUUUCCAUCAUAUAAUGAGGAGUGGGUGGUUACAAAGCUAGGUAAUAUUUCAAAGAUAGUGGAGUCAAAUGCAAUGUAUGCUAUUGAUUGUGAGAUGGUUCUUUGUGAGGAUGGUGCAGAUGCGGUAGUGCAAGUAUGUGUUGUAGACCACAAUUUUGAGGUAAGAAUUGAUGAAUUUGUGAAGACAAACAAAGCUAUUACUGAUUAUAGAACCCAUGUUACUGGAAUCUCUGCAAAGGAUUUGGAUGGAGCUACUUGUACAUUGGCUGAUAUACAGAAGUCACUGAAGAAGCUAUUAAAGCAUGGAGCUAUUUUAAUUGGCCAUGGUUUGAAUUAUUAUCUAGAAGCACUAAAAUUUGAUCAUGCGAGAGUAAUUGAUACAUCUUUAAUUUUCGAAUCUCAAUCUUUGGAUGCUCCUGCUACCAGAAACUCCUCUGAAGCAAUACUUCCCCAAGUACAAUCAAGUUCAUGCAAUGAUGUUAGAGAGAAGUGUGCUCAGCAUAAAUAUUUAGAUGGUGCACGAAAUACAAUGAAACUAGUUCUUGCCAAGAUAGAACGGGGGUUUGGUGAUGUCAUUGACUUGUCGUGUAGAGAUGUACUGAAAGUUGAAAUGGCGAAGCUGCUUCUUCACACGGUACCAGUUGAAGUGUCAAUGGAAGAAUUAAAGAAAAUCUUUCCCAAAGACUUCGAAGUUGAUAUUAAGCUCACUUCAAGAACUAAAGGACGAAAAUAUUUUGCAUAUGCCGUUUUCAAGGAUCCGCAAGCGGCACAUCAAGCAUUUGAAAGAAUUGAAGGUAAUAAAGGAGAGGGACCUCAGGCUGACAAGCAUGCGAGCACCCCAGAGCGGCCACGUUUUGCAAAAAAAGUGCCAAAGGACUCAUCUGGGCGGCCUCAGAAACUCAUCUUGCUUCAACUGAGCACUGGAGUAACUGCUAGUUUCUUUGUCUGUAACAUGUUCAGUUACAAUAUCAUUGAUCAAUCUGUUCAACCAAAUAAGAGAUCACUCCAAAUGGAGGAGAGCAUAACUGAGGCUAAGAAGCAGAAGGUGGAUAUGGGCGAGGAGGCAAUCAACAAGUCGGAGAGCAUAACUGAGGCUAAGGAGCAGAAGGUGGAUAUGGGUAAGGAGGCAAUCGGCAAGUUGGAGAGCACAACUGAGGCUAAGAAGCAGGUGGAUAUCGGUAAGGAGGCAAUCAACAAGUCGAAGAGAAGAAAGAGGAGUAGAAAGAAGCAGAAGGAGGUGGAUAUGUGUAAGGAAGCAGUCAACAAGUCGGAGAGCACAACUGAGGCUAAGAAGCAGGUGGAUAUGGGCAAGGAGGCAGUCAACAAGUCGAAGAGCAGAAAGAAGCAGGAGGUAGUUAUGUGUAAGGAAGCAAUCAACAAGUUGAAGACUAGAACUGGUUCAAAUCAGCGCAACUACCAUCAAGAAGAGAUUGAAAGACUGAAACGGCAGCUGUGCCAAAAGGAUGAUGAAAUCCAUAGUUUGCAAAAGAUAGUAUCUGUUCUUAUAGGGAACCAAGGGUUUCCACCUCAUGUUGGACAGUGAAAACCAUCUGCGUAAUGGUGUUCAUCUUCACUAUUAUUAUACAGAACUAUGAGUCAAAUAUCCCCUAUGUAUCUUCAAAGGGAUCUCAAGCAAAGUAAUGUUACCUGGCGGUAAUCUUUCAGAAGCUUUGCUCAGGAUAUUGCUUUAUCUCCCACUUUGCUGUGUAGCGGCCAUGUCGUGUCGUCGGAGCCCUAAGAACCUUCUCGAGUCGAACCCAACAGAGCAAUACAACCAGAAAAAGAAAGAAGAUAUAUUCUGAGAAUAUGGUCUGUCUAUAAAGCAUUGCCGUUUGCUUUCUUGUUUGUAAUAUCCGUGAGAGUGCGUGCAUGAGAGAGAGACGUUCUGCUGCCAGAAACGUGGACUUUGAGUUCUUGAAGCCCUAUGAUGAGGGUGAUAUUGAAUUUCUUCUGGAAUGUAGGGUUCUUGCCACCGUCUGUAAUAUGUAUACAGCCAGGCAAUACGAACAUUGUAAAAUGUAAGUUCUUUCCAAACAACUUCUGUGCCAUUGCAACGAGUAAGGCCA